AUGGUUAAGGUCCUAGUAAAUGGAUUUGACCAUAUUGAGUGCCUGGGCAUCAGGGCUACUUUUAACUCUAGCAAAGCGGAUAUUGCUGCCAUCGAUGACCUCUUCAUUGAACUCAGCUACAUGGUCUACAUAUUCCAGUAUUACACCCAUGGCAAGUUCAAUGGCCCAGCCAAGGCUGAGAACAGGCAGCUUGUCAUUAGUAGAAGGCCCAUCCCCAUCUUCCAGGAUUCCUUUCUGAAAGAAGGACCAUCAUCCCUGCCCUUCUUUCAGUCUGGCCCUGACCACUGUGGUCUCUGUCUCCAGGUCCGGACACUGUUCGUCAGUGGCCUUCCUGUGGACAUUAAACCCAGAGAACUUUACCUGCUCUUCAGGCCGUUCAAGGGGUACGAAGGGUCCCUAAUCAAGCUCACGUCAAGACAGCCUGUUGGUUUUGUGAUCUUUGACAGCCGGGCAGGAGCAGAAGCAGCCAAGAAUGCACUGAACGGUAUUCGCUUUGAUCCCGAGAACCCGCAGACCCUGAGGCUAGAGUUUGCCAAAGCCAACACCAAGAUGGCCAAGAACAAGCUAAUGGCUACACCAAACCCCACCAGCGCUCACCCCGCCCUAGGAGCACACUUCAUUGCACGGGACCCCUAUGACCUGAUGGGGACUGCUCUGAUCCCCACAUCCCCAGAGGCCUGGGCCCCCUACCCUCUGUACACCACAGAGCUGACCCCAGCUAUCUCACACGCUGCCUUCACCUACCCAGCUGCCACUGCUGCUGCCGCCGCCGCCCUGCAUGCUCAGGUGCGCUGGUACCCUUCCUCUGACACCACCCAGCAAGGAUGGAAAUACCGUCAGUUCUGUUAGUUCUUCAGUCUUGUUACCACAGCCUGAAGCCCCUGCCCCCCGCUGGGGAGGAAGCUGCCCAGAGCUUCCACUGUCCCCAAGCGGCCUGUGGAGAGCUGCUGCUUUCCUCCAAAGACUGUGAAUUUUAAGCCUGACUCAGUGGACUGCUUCCUGUUUCCUUUCUCUCCUCUUCCUCAGCCCUGUCCUGCCCCAGAGCCCUUCUCCAAGGCCUCCCAGGAGGAGUCGGGGGCCUUCUCGCUGGGACACCCACACCCAGCUUGCAGGCCUCACUGGGACCGAGCAAGGCCCCACCUCCGGUCCAGACUUGCUUUUGUAGCUUCACCUCAGAGAAACAAGGCGUUUGAUUUUGCAUGUUUUCUGGCAUGAAUUAAGACACUUAAACUUGUGUAUAUGUGAGUGUACAGUUUGUUCUCACAUUGUGUCACCAUAGCAACAGGUCCUGGCCUUUAAUGGUUCAUCAUUCCUGGUCCUGCUCUCCACACCCCUCCCCUGCACCCACCCUGCUUCGGUGAGGCCCGAGCCCUGCAGCCAGUUCCACUGCCCCACACACUUCCCAGCUGAACAGCAGCGACCCCCCAACAAAGAGAGUUUCCUUUUUUACUUUGAAUCAGGGUCCUCCGCUUCCUUCCUCAGAUGGGCCAACAACUGUUCAGAACACCCCUUCUCUGCCCGUUUUGCUCACCUCUCCACAGCACACCCCACCCCUGCCAUUGCUCCUCUUUCUUUCCAAACUGAAACCAACCAAAAAGUGAAAGUAUUUUUGUACCCUGUGUAACAAAAUAUUUAUGCAUCAUAAAGGAUUUUUCAUGUGUGUGUGCAAUUAAUUAUUGAAGAGACCUUGUUCGCCCUGUCAGAUGAGUUUAAUGUUUAGUUUGAGGCAUGAAGAAGAAAAGGGUUUCCAUUCUCCAGCCAUGAGCCUUUGUGUCAGGCGUUAGUUUAAGAAAAAUGAAGGGAAAAUUGUGCAAUUUUUUUGUUUCGUGAGCACAUCAGUGCUUUGCCUUUGGCCACAGCUGUGGCUGUCUUGCCGUUUUCAGAUUUGGGAGACGAGGUGGCUGUUGUAAUUGCUGAUCCUGUGAGAAUGUGAAACUGGAUGAUAAAUGAAAUGCAAAAUAAAAAAUCAUCCAAAGUAA